AUGGCGUCCAUAUUCCGAACGCUGACGCUUUCGGCGAGCGCGCUCACUUCGCGCGCACUCUUUGCCGCGCCGUCGUCUUUCCUGGGUGCCGGCGUGCUGUCGCCGUUUUCGCGGCUUCUGCCCACGACGCCGUCGCAGCAGCAGCAGCAGGUUCGCGGCAUGAAGGUGCACAGUUCCGUCAAGAAGAGAUGCGAGCACUGCAAGGUUGUUCGACGCAAGGCGGGCAAGAGACAUAAUGGCUACCUGUACAUUAUCUGCAAAGCGAAUCCUCGACACAAGCAACGACAGGGUUAA